AUGACCUUCCUCGUUCUUGUUUAUGCAUUAUUAGCUGCUCUGUCAAGUUUACAGUUUGGUCGUGGGGGCACAGUUGAAGACUAUCCUAAUACAAGUUGUAGUGAGAGUGAGAAGCUAGCUUUGCUUCACCUGAAACAAAGUCUCAUUGAUGACUUCAAUUACUUGUCAUCCUGGAUCGGAGAUGAUUGUUGCACAUGGCAGGGAAUUGGUUGCAACAAUAGAACCGGCCAUGUCACUCGUCUUGAUCUUCGAAAUGGUAUGUUAAGAGCUGAUCAUUUAUAUCCUUCCUUGCUUGAUUUGAAAUAUUUGACCUACCUCGACUUGAGUAACAACAGUUUCCACGAGAUGAAAAUUCCCCAAUUCCUUGGGUCAUUCAAGGAUCUUACAUACUUAAACCUCUCGUACUGUAAAAUUGAAGGUUUCGUUCCCCAUCAUCUUGGAAACCUUUCUAAAUUACUCUACCUUGAUUUAAGUCAUAAUACAUAUUAUCAUGGUAAUGGUGGUGAUUAUUACUAUUAUUAUGAUUUACCUUCUUUAUUACACAUUGAUAGCAUGAGAUGGUUAUCUGGGCUUUCCAUGUUGAAACAUUUGGACCUCUCCAAUGUUAAUCUUUCUGGGACCAGUGACUGGUUUUCGUCCAUUAAUAUGCUUCCGAAUUCAAUUUUAGUACUUAAUCUGUUGAGUUGUCACUUAUCCAACAAUAUCCCACGCCAUCUUCCCUUUAUAAACUUGACAUCUCUCAUUUCACUUGAUCUUGAAGAGAACAGCUUAAACUCUCCUUUUCCUUUAUGGGUUCUCAACAACAGUGGGCUUGCACAUCUUUCUCUUGAACGCAACCAUUUCCAUGGAUCAAUUCCUGAUUCUUUAGGAACUUUAACUUCUCUAGUGGAAAUCGAUCUCUCUGAAAACGGUUUUAAUGGUUCGAUUCCAGAGUCGAUUGGAAGUUUGCUUUCUCUUUCUUCACUUGAUCUUUCAUCUCAUGAAUUUCAAGGUCGUCUUCCAGAGUCUAUGGGAAGGUUGUCACCUCUCACUCAUCUUUUGCUAGGUGGGAAUAAGUUUACUGGUUUCGUCCCUCAUUUUAUUAGCAAUCUCACGAACCUUACACACCUUGAUAUGUCAUCAAAUGAAUUAAAUGGUUCGAUUCCACAUGAGAUUGGCAAUCUCACAGAGCUUACAGACCUCUCUAUGUCAUUAAAUGAAUUAAGGGGUGAUCUAACAGAAGAAGUUUGCCAACUGUCAAAGUUAGAAAUAUUGGAUGUGGGUUAUAAUCAAAUGAGAGGAAGCAUUCCUGAAUGCAUUGGACAACUAUCAAAUCUGAUGGAGUUGGAUCUUAGUUCUAAUUCAUGGGAGGGUUUUGUAACAGAGCAUCACUUUGUUAACCUCACGAAGCUCUUUUUCUUAAGUAUAUCUUCAAAGUCUAACUUAGCGUUAAAUGUUGGUAUUAAUUGGGUUCCUCCAUUUCAGCUCCAAUAUAUAUACUUGGAAUCCUUGAAAGUGGGUCCCAAAUUUCCCCACUGGCUCUCAACACAAAGACAAAUUGAUGAUAUUAUCAUGAUAAAUACAAGUAUAUCAGAUACCAUCCCAACAGAUUGGUUCGCAAGUCUCUUAUCUCAGGCCGACCUUGUUUAUCUAUCUGAUAAUGACAUAAAUGUGGAACAACUAUCAUCCAUUUCUGCAGUUCCAAAUGGUAUGAUUGCAUUAGCACUCUCGAAUACCCGUUUGUCCGGCGGAUUUCCAUUAUUUUUAUGCAAUAUAACAUCCUUGCAGAUUUUAGUUCUCUCCAACAAUUACUUUACCGGAGAGCUGCCGCAGUGCUUAGCAAACUUGACAGAACUGCAGGGUCUUGAUGUGAUGAAUAACAGUUUCUCCGGUAACAUUCAUGCUUCUUUGGGCUCUCUACGGAAUCUCACUUACUUAAAUUUGCACGACAACAAAUUUCAAGGGAAACUCCCUUUAUCCUUCCGAAAUUUAACAAAGCUGGUAAUACUUGAUGUGGGAAAGAAUAAUUUGUGUGACGUUCUCCCCCCUUGGACUGUAGAGCAAUUACCGAGUCUCCGGAUUUUUAUACUCCGGAACAACAAAUUCUACGGUAAAAUUUCUACGAAUUUUUGCCACCAUCCAUCAAUUCAAAUUUUAAACUUUGCAGAAAAUCAGAUUGUGGGAAAUAUUCCACUUUGUUUUGGCAAUUUUAGUGCAAUGAUUACAGUAAACCAGAGUGAUGACUUUCAUCAAAGUUUUGUUCGUUCAUAUAUGAUGAUAAUAGACAAUCCGAAAGGACUUGAGCUAGAAUACACCUCUAAUCUAAAGUAUCAAUGCUACAUUGAUUUGUCAAACAACAAAAUUGUUGGAGAGAUUCCAGGAGAGUUGAUGGAUCUCCGUGCUUUAAAGAGUUUGAAUUUAGCGGGUAAUUAUCUCUCCGGAAGGAUUCCUGAGAGCAUUGGGAUGCUGGAAAGUCUGGAAUUUCUUGAUCUCUCUAGUAAUAAACUUUUUGGACAUAUUCCACAGAGUUUAUCCAAUAUAGACUCUUUAAGCCACUUAAACCUCUCUUUCAACGAUUUAUCAGGGAGGGUACCCACUGGAAACCAUCUCCAGACUCUCUAUGAUGCCUCCAUCAAUGCCGGCAACAACCAGCUCUGUGGCCCACCUAUCUUAAAGCCCUGCGUCGGUGAUACAGAAUCACCAAAUGUUCCCGACGAUGAUGAAGGUAAUUCAGAUUUAGAUGAAGAGCAUGUUUGGUUUUAUGCUGGGAUAGGACCUGGUCUCUUGAACGAGAAAGCUUUAGCAGAUGGAAUAGCACAUGCUCAGCAAACAUUCAUCAAGAGUGCAGAUAAGUAUUUCAAGUGGCUACUCGGAAGUGUCUCACGUGGGCAGGGAUGCAUGAAAGGUUUUUCAUUCAUUGUCAUAGCACUUGGCGUUGGUGCUGCUGUUUUCUCCCCAAACUUGGACUCAUUCGAUUGGAAAGAUAGGGCUCAGUGGAUUCAGAAUGGUCAUCAAGUUGUAUUUCCAGUUUAA